GCUGCUCAUCGUACGAUUCAGCUGCAAGCGGUACAGUAGUAUUCUCCUGUUGCAGGGAUCCCUUUUUUUGCUCAGCAAGAUGACUGCAUGGAACUCGAACGGUACGCCCAAUGGGCCAACUUCAAUACAUAAAUGAAGUGCCUUCUUCUUAUCAUGUCCUUUUGCUCUUUCCUUUUCUUUCUCAUUCACAAACCAAUCUCAUACUUCACACACUCACGUCCACAUACGUACUCACACACAUAACACACGCAGCAUCCCUUACCGACUCAGUCUUUCGUUACUAUACGUACGAUGAAGUACUCUGCUACCGCAGUCGCCGUUAUGGGUGCCCUCGCCAUUCAAGCCACCCCAAUCAAGAGAGAUGCUUACACCCCAACCGACAUUGAUAUCCUACAGUAUGCGUUGACUCUCGAGCACCUGGAGAACAACUUCUACUCCUGCGCCCUCAACAACAUGGACGCUCAAGCGUUCGCCGAUGCCGGAUUCCCAGCCUGGGUACGGAACAGGUUUGAGCAGAUUGCCGCUCACGAGGCCUCCCACGUCGCCGUUCUCUCCGAUGCCCUCGGCGCUGACGCCACCAAGCCAUGCGAGUACUCCUUCCCAUACACCGACGCCAAAUCGUUCACCGCUCUCGCUCAGGUCAUUGAGAAUGUUGGUGUUUCUGCUUACCUCGGUGCCGCCGGUUUCAUCAUGGACAAGACCUACUUGACCGUUGCUGGUUCCAUUCUCACCACCGAGGCCCGCCACCAGGCCUGGAUCGCUUCCGCCGUUAACAAGCAGAACCCAUGGUCCGGCCCAUACGACACUCCUCUCGGUCUCUCCGAUGUCUACUCCAUUGCCGCUGCCUUCAUCACCAGCUGUCCAUCCUCCAACCCAACUCUCCCAGUCAAGGCAUUCCCAGCUCUCACUCUCUCUUGCGACUCCGCCGGUUCGACUGCCACCCUCAACUAUACCGGCGCUGAUUCAUCCGACACCCUUAUUCUCUACUCUGGCCUCACGACCCUCGCUCUCCCCAUCACCGACAUGAUGGUCACCAUCCCAUCCUCUCUUCAGGGCAUUGCUUACGCAGUCGUGUCUUCAACGUCUAACACCACCAUGGUUGACGACUCUAACACCAUUGCCGGCCCAGCCAUCAUUGACCUUCCUUUCGCUUCUUCCGCCAGCAACCCCAACUUCACUGGUAUGUAAGUUUGAUCUUCGCAGUGAUUGAAGGAGAAGGAUGAAUAGUUGAACGGAAUACUUGGACAAGGAACACCGACUAGGGUCGGCAAUGGACAUUUGGAAUAUUCUC